AUGUUCCUGAUCCAGUUCGACUACGAGCGCAACUGCUACGUGCUGAAGCACGCUCCGAUCUUCAUCGCGGACCGUCCCUUCCUGUCGUACCGCGGUUUACUGAUCGAUUCUUCGCGGCACUUCCUCCCGCUCCGCAGCAUCAAGCGCAUCAUCGACGCCAUGGCCUGGGUCAAGCUCAACGUCCUGCACUGGCACCUCGUCGACGACGAGGCCUUCCCCUUCUUCGUGCCCUCCGUCCCCACGCUCUGGCAGGGCGCCUUCUCCUCCGCCGAGCGCUACACCGCCUGGGACAUCGAGGAGAUCGUCGCCUACGCCAAGGCGCGCGGCGUGCAUGUCGUCGCCGAGACCGACGUGCCCGGCCACGCCGCCUCCUGGUGUGUCGGAAAUCCGGAGCUGUGUCCGAGCGAAGAUUGCCGCUCUCCGCUGGACCCGAGCCGCGAAACGACGUUCGAAACGCUGGACGCGCUGCUGAGCGACCUGCUGGGCAGCGGGAAGGGCGAGGGCUUCUUCCCCGCGGAAGUGUUCCACAUGGGAGGCGACGAGGUGAACACGGAGUGCUGGACGAAGGUUCCGCGCGUGGCGGAGUGGAUGGCGCAGCGCAAUCUGACGGCGAACGGGGCGUACGGGUACUUCGUAAAUCGCAUGGACGCGCUGAUCCGGAAGCGAGGACGCGAGACCAUCGCGUGGGAGGAGGUGUUCGUGAACCAUCGCGCGAGUAUCGAUCCCGCGAUGAUCAUUCAGCUGUGGCUGGGCGACGGAGAGAGACUGAGAGAGAUCGUCGAUGCAGGCUUCCGCGUGAUCGUGAGCAACUACAAGCAUUGGUAUCUCCCGCAGCUCUGGGAGACCUGGGAUUAUUAUUACGGAAAUGAUUUAUCUACGGAGGCGAGGUGUGCAUGUGGGGAGAGACGGGUAGGAAUGGGGGAGACGCGUCACACAGUCGAUGCCAGUGAUUUCGAAAACACCAUCAUGCCGCGGUCCAUCGCUGCGGCGGAGCGAAUGUGGACGCAGCCGGAGCUGCUGGAUAUCGAGAGAGCGAAGAUCCGAUUCCCCUAUGCGCGAUGUGAGUUUAAUCGCAGAGGCGUGCAGGCGGCGCCCGCGUUCACGGAGGGAAGAGGUGUACCGAUCGGUCCUGGAAGUUGCAUGAGACAGUGCAUUGUUUGUUUGAGCACUAUUUCUUUUUUCAUGGAUUUUGAACGACUUGGAUUAUGCGACCAGCUGAUUAGAGCGAUCGAGAUCGAACAGUGGGAACAUCCGACGGACUGUCAAGAAGAGGCGAUCCCGCUAAUCCUCGGUGGAGGCGACGUCCUACUCGCCGCUCCCACGGGAUCGGGAAAGACGGCAGCGUUCUGCCUUCCGAUGCUGCAGAUUGUGUGGGAGAUGCUUCAGAAGGACGCACCUUCUUGUUAUGAUGAGGAUCAAACCGUGUGCAUGAACUAUGGCGAUAGUGAUGCUGGCAUUAGUAUCGGGAGUGAUGGGUGCACCGUUGCAAACCAAUCGAAUAUGUGGAAAGGGUGUCGUGCGAACGUCAGUGUUUCGGGGUCUGGUAAAUUCUAUUAUGAGUGCGAAGUUUUGUCCUCGACUGGAAUUUGUCGAGUGGGUUGGAGCACUUCGGGAGACUCGCUGAACCUGGGAACAAGCAAGACUGGGUACGGAUAUGGUGGAACGGGGAUGAAGUCCAAUUCGAAUAAUUACGAAAAGUACGGGUCCACAUUCUCUCUAGGCGAUGUAAUCGGAUGUCUCCUCGAUCUCGAUGCAGGCACGAUUUCCUUCUAUAAGAACGGAACUUCGCUGGGCGUUGCCUUCUCAAAUGUGAAACCAGCUCUACACUACUACCCCACAAUCUGUAUCAAAAACUGCUCGGUGGUUGUACGAUUUGCCGCGCAAUCUUCGCUUCGCCCAUUCCCCGCGGAAGCUUCGCCCAUUCCUUCUCCCUCAGCUUCGCAUGGCGGAAGAUCAGCGAAACGAAAUAUAAUGGCGCUCAUCUUGGAGCCCACGCGCGAAUUGGCUCAGCAAACAUACGAGUGUCUGAACCAUUUCAAAGCGUUUAUGACGCGGCCAACGGUGGAGGUGGGACUGCUCAUCGGUGGUGAACAAGUGUCUGCUGCGAACCAAAAGCGUAUCAUCGAAAAUUCCCACAUCAUCGUGGCUACGCCGAACCGAUUUUUGGCAAGCAUAAAGAAACAAAGUGUGAAAUUGUCAAAUCUCUUGUUUUUCAUUCUGGACGAAGCGGAUAAAUUGGUUGACGAUGCGAACAACAACGAGCUCCUUCAGAUCUACAGUCGCAUUCCUGCCCGUGGGAACGCCAACAACGAAUAUCGUCUCCAAACGUGUCUAUUCUCCGCUACCCUCCACUCCGAUUCAAUCCGCCAUUUGGCCGAUGAAAUCUGUCGCAAUCCGAUGUGGGUGGAUCUGAAGGGUCGCGACUACGUUCCCGCCACCGUUCAGCAAGUCAAUUUCUUCGUCGACGUCACCGACCCCGCGCAGAAGCAGCUCUACAAUGUCCACAACCCGUCGUUCACCGACGGCGUGCAUCGCGCGACGCCGCUCCCCAGCGUUCCGCUCAACGCGGAGGACAAAAGCGAAGCGGAGAAGCGCGCGAAGCUGCAGCUGCUGGUGGCGCUGAUGAACAAAUACAAGAUGGAGCGCGUGAUCGUGUUCUGCCGCACCAAUCUGGACUGCAACAACCUCGAGGCCUAUCUCAAAUCGCUGGAUCAGCGGUCCAACGAAUUCCCCGCGGUGGUUUUGGCGGGGCUGCGCGACGCGCGGGAGCGCGAUCAUGCGCUGCAGGCGUUCAAAGAGGGCGAGGCGCGGAUUUUGAUCUGCACGGACGUGGCGGCGCGCGGAAUCGACGUGAAAGAAAUCCCGUUCGUGGUGAAUAUGACGCUGCCCGAUAGCGUGGAAUCCUAUCUCCAUCGCAUUGGGAGAGUGGGUCGAGCCAACGCGAUCGGGAUUUGCUUCAAUCUGGUGAAUCGAUUCCCGGAGAAGGUGUGGUACCACACGUGCAAUCGGAAGCGAAGCAACAUGAUGAGCUGCCAUAAUACGAAGCUGACGAAGGACGGUGGGUGCUGUAUCUGGAUGGACGAGAAGGAAAUGAUGGACACGAUCUGCAAGCGAUUGGAGCAGGAAGUGCCCGUUCUGGAUAAUGCACUCAAUCUGCCGCCUUCGAUUGAUCUCACAGCUGCGAAGGAGGGAAAGAACGACAAAGCAUAGAGCACAACGUGGAGAUCCUGGAGAAUCUGGAGAAAUCGAUCCAGUCGUCGUAUCUAGCCAUGCGAUCGAUACAGUUAU